AUGCUGUCAAAGCGCGAUGACGUUCGGCUGAGGACGGUGAUCAGCGUCGCGGUCGUCAUGGCGGACGAGGAAAAUAAUUGUGAUGAUAGUGCUGGUGACUAUAAGGCGGGGGAAGGUCUUCGAUUGCGGGGCCGCAAAGGUGCCCUGAAAAAGAAGAAUGUUUACCUCGUAAAAGAUCACAAAUUUAUGCCGAGGUUCUUCAAGCAACCAACAUUCUGCUCCCACUGCAAGGAUUUUAUUUGG